UUUACUUUUUUUUUUCAACCGAACUGAACAAAGAAACGAGGGUGUAUCCAUUCGGUCACGGGUAUAACAAGGUUUAAUUCUCUUUAUAAUGCGGCAGCUUUUUCCAAGGACAUCAAUUUCCCCCUGUUUUCUCUGAUUUGGCAGGCUCAGCAGAUAUGCUGCUCAUUUGGGAGAGAGAUGUAGGAAACCUAUCACGCAUAAAGAUAUCGAUAUACCAUCCAUGCUACAAGCAGUCAUAUCAAGAUAUGACAACAUUUUGUCCGCUGAACAGCAGGACGCUGUCCUACUGCGUCAAGCGAAUAGUGGGCCUCUCGAUGAAAGAACCACAGCGAUCUUGGAAGAAGCGGAGCUCGCCCUUCACCAACUCAAGGAGAAACGCUGCUUCUUACAUGAUGCCCAACGCAAGCACCGAGCGGCCUCAAGUUUAUCCUCCAUCAGGACCCUUCCCAUCGAAAUUCUAACCGACAUCUUCUGUUAUGCCGCCAGCGAUCCUAUCGACAUCUUAGACACCAAGCAUCCAGCAUGGGCCAUUAGCAAGGUCUGCCAACUGUGGCGGUCCAUCAUCACAACGGUCUGUCCUGAAGUAUGGGCAAAGAUAUCAGUUCCCCGGUUGCGUCAUGACUCAGCGAUGGUCAGAAAAGGCGCUCUCUCGUCAGUGUUGGAUACAAUUACUACAAUAUUGUCUCGCUCGCAAACUCACAUGCUACACAUCGCUAUGGACUUCGAUUUUUUUCGCGGCGGUGCUACGUCACUGUUUCAAGACAACGUCUGGUUCCAUUUGGCCUUGGAUGCGGAGCGCUGGGAGAAGCUUCAUGUUUCCAUCAGCCCAUUUGAUACGCGCAGCAUGCUGGACCGUCUUUACGGAUGCUUGUCAUCACUUAAAGAGUGUACUCUUUAUUGCUACGAGUUGGGACCAAGGCCUGAAUUAAUGGUCAUCGCCUUUGAUUAUACCCUGGCAGAGGAGGCCAUAUAG